AUGUUACGCUCUCUGCUUAUAGUGGGAAGGAACUUUAGGCCGAUUUCUCCCUUUUUGGCUGUGUUUCUGGUAGAGGAAAAGGGAUUUACAACCAAGGAAAUUGCAGACAAAAUCAUUCCUUGGUGGCUCUACUCAAUGCUUGUUUUUUCUCUGGUACUUUCAUGGAUCGCUGCAAAGAUCGGGCUCUUAUGGACUAUUAUUAGCUCGGUUAUUUCAGAGAUUAUAGUAUAUAUUGUCUUAAUAAACAUGAAGGAGAAAUCAACGAUAAGCACUAUUUUUAUUCAGAUACUGCUGGCGUAUAGAAACAGUACUUUAAUCGCAGAUAAAAGAUUCUAUUCUGAGAAUGACCAGGGAAUGAGUGUGAAGUACAGUACCAUCCGGAAAAUAACAGGAAUUAUGUCCAGCUUUAUUUCACAGAACAUGUACUAUAUCUCUGGAAGCAGUCUGGCCUCCAUGUAUCUUACUAUUAUUUCGCAGACAUUGGUUCUUCUGUGUAUUUUCGGACUGCACACAGAUGGAGCUCUGUCUACUAUAGCCCCCGGCAUAGAAAAGCCUGUGAAAAUAACGGUAAGUCUUCUUUCUAAUAUUUUUUCAUACACAGGAGCAUUUACAUUAAGUGUGUGCUUUAGAAUAUACAUUGAUCUUGUUCUGAUUGAACGAACUGGCAGUGCAGAAGAGCACACUGGCCUUGUUGGGAUAGUUAUAGACAGAAUAUCUGGAGUAUUUUACUAUAUUUCCUAUGGUCUUAUCAAGACAAUGUCUCUGCUCAUUCCGUCCAUACGUAUACAGGAGCACAAAAAUAAGCACAAACCAGUGCAUGGAUAUUUAGAAGGCAUAGCACGAGUCCUUGCAGUUGUUUUAUCAAUUCCUUUAGUAAUAUACACUAGCUCUUCUCCAAGAAACACUGAAAUACUCAUGGUAAUAUCUUGGAUUCUACAGAUACUUGGGGUAUACGCACUGAAAAAAACUAAAAACAUUGUUGGUGGGUAUUUAGCAUACCUCCUCUCUGUAAUUGGAACCAACAUUACUUUAUACAUAUCAUACAAUGGAAUGAACAAGGAAACAGAUACAGAAAUAUUAGGUAUUAUGUCAUAUAUCGGCGGAACAUCUGCAGCAGUACAUGCAAUAAUUGAUGUUAUAUCUCGCCGUAAUAAACUAGCACCACAAGCUAGAUUUAAUAUUUAUGCAUACUUAGGAGGCACACUCUUUGCAUGUGCUGGGAUGCUCUCUAUUAUUUCUGCAUACAAUAUAUAGAAAUCCUAAAAUCCCAUACAUAUUUUGUCUAAAUAAAUUAUAUGCCACA